CAAAACCCUAUCUGAUCAAAACAGGAAGUAGACAUGCUUCUUUUUCAAACAACCAAUCAUUCAUUAGUCACUUGCAGCCUAAAGGCAAACACAGGAAAAUAAGUUGACACUUCAUAAGUAACAAGUGGCAGCUACUUUGGUCGAAACCAUGAAGAUCGCAUCUUUUAACAUCAGACGUCUGGGCCCAAGCAAGCUGUCAGACAAAAACAUUGUGAAAUAUCUCAUAAAGAUCUUCUCCCGCUACAGUAUACUCAUUAUCCUGGAGGUGGUGGACAAAUCGGGCAAAGCCAUAGCCAAAUUUCUGCAUGAGCUGAACAGCACAAGAGCUAAUAAGAAACGCCCCUUUACUAUGAUGGGGAGCUCCAGACUUGGCCGAUCUCUUUAUAAGGAACAGUUUGUCUGUUUCUACAGAGAAGAUGAGGCUAAAUUGGUUGACACUUACCAAUAUGAAGACAAUCAAGAGGGUGAUGAGGACGCUUUCUCUCGAGAGCCUUUCAUUCUGCGUUUCAGAUGCAAACACACAGUGCUGAAAGAUUUGGUGUUGAUCCCUGUUCACACAAAGCCCAAAGACUCACAGAAGGAACUGGAUGAACUGUACGAUGUGUUUCUGCAUGUCAAGGAAAAAUGGAAGACUGAUAACGUCAUGAUCCUUGGGGACUUCAAUGCAGAUGGUGCCUACGUUUCCAAGAAGAAGAUGAAAGCCAUCAGAAUCCGUAGUGAUACAGAUUUCCACUGGCUCAUUGGGGACGAUGUGGAUACCACAGCAAGCCUCUCCAACGACCACACCUAUGACAGGAUUGUGGUGUACAAAGAAGACAUGUUACACGCGGUUGUGCCACGAUCUGCAAAACCCUUUAACUUCCAAGAAGCCUUCAAGCUUUCCGAGGAAAUGGCUUUGGAGAUCAGUGAUCAUUAUCCAGUGGAGGUGAGUCUGAGGAAGAGUCCUGGACCAAAGACUAGUGGGAAAACCAAAACACAAAAACGCAAAGCAUGAUGACUCUGAACACUGUUUGAGACUUAAUGGCUCGAGGAAUGAAUGAUAUCCAAAGAUGCUCUUCAUUAGUAAAAUCAGGGCUCAUGAAAUCUGUUUUAUUUAAAAAACAGCUAUAUUUUCAUGUUAACUAGAGUGAACUGCUCAUUAAUUUGUAAUAAAGGUGGAAAGCCUGGAACCUCAAAAUAAACUCUUUUCACUUUUA